UGCCGUCGGCGGCUCAGGUGGCUCCGCUUCGAUGUCCUAGUCCCGUGGGGGCCUCCCCGCCCGGCCGGCUCCGCUGCGCUCCCCUCGCCCCGCGCCGGAGUCAUGAGGGCGUCCCGGGCGCUGCAGGUGCUGGGCUUGCUGCUCAGCGUGGCCCGGGGCUCCGAGGUGGGCACCUCGCAGGCAGUGUGUCCCGGCACUCUGAACGGGCUGAGCGUGACGGGCGAUGCGGACAACCAGUACCAGACGCUGCACAAGCUCUACGAGAGGUGUGAGGUGGUGAUGGGGAACCUGGAGAUCGUGCUCACCGGACAUAAUGCCGACCUCUCCUUCCUGCAGUGGAUCCGAGAGGUGACCGGCUAUGUCCUCGUGGCCAUGAAUGAGUUCUCCACACUCCCACUGCCCAACCUCCGAGUAGUGAGGGGCACCCAGGUCUACGACGGCAAGUUUGCCAUCUUCGUCAUGUUGAACUAUAACACCAACUCCAGCCAUGCUCUGCGCCAGCUCCGCUUCACUCAGCUGACAGAGAUCCUGUCGGGGGGCGUUUACAUUGAGAAGAAUGAAAAACUGUGUCACAUGGAUACCAUCGACUGGCGGGACAUUGUGAGGGACCGAGAUGCCGAGAUAGUGGUGAAGGACAAUGGAAAGAGCUGUUCCCCCUGUCAUGAGGCCUGCAAAGGACGGUGCUGGGGCCCCGGACCAGAAGACUGCCAGACAUUGACGAAGACCAUCUGUGCGCCUCAGUGCAAUGGUCACUGCUUCGGGCCCAACCCCAACCAGUGUUGUCAUGAUGAGUGUGCAGGGGGCUGCUCGGGCCCCCAGGACACAGACUGCUUUGCCUGUCGACUCUUCAAUGACAGUGGAGCCUGUGUGCGCCAGUGUCCCCAGCCCCUCGUCUACAACAAGCUGACUUUCCAGCUGGAGCCAAACCCGCACACCAAGUAUCAGUACGGAGGCGUCUGCGUCGCCAGCUGUCCCCAUAACUUUGUCGUGGAUCAGACAUCUUGUGUCAGAGCCUGUCCUCCUGACAAGAUGGAAGUGGAUAAAAAUGGACUCAAGAUCUGUGAACCGUGUGGGGGUCUGUGCCCCAAAGCCUGUGAGGGUACAGGCGCUGGGAGCCGCUACCAGACUGUGGACUCAAGCAACAUUGACAGAUUUGUGAACUGCACCAAGAUCCUGGGCAACCUGGACUUUCUUAUCACUGGCCUCAAUGGAGACCCCUGGCACAAGAUCCCUCCCCUGGACCCUGAGAAGCUCAGUGUCUUCCGCACAGUUCGAGAGAUCACAGGCUACCUGAACAUCCAGUCUUGGCCUCCCCACAUGUACAACUUCAGUGUCUUUUCCAACUUGACCACCAUCGGGGGCAGAAGCCUCUACAACCGGGGCUUCUCGUUGUUGAUCAUGAAGAACUUGAAUGUCACAUCUCUGGGCCUUCGCUCUCUGAAAGAGAUCAGUGCUGGGCGCAUCUACAUAAGUGCCAAUCGACAGCUGUGCUACCACUAUAAUCUCAACUGGACCCGGCUGCUGCGGGGGCCUCCGGAGGAGAGAUUAGACAUCAAGCAUAACCGGCCCCGCAAAGAAUGCGUGGCAGAGGGCAAAGUGUGUGACCCACUGUGUUCUGGGGGAUGCUGGGGCCCGGGCCCUAGUCAGUGCCUGUCGUGUCAAAACUACAGCCGAGGAGGCAUCUGUGUGACCCACUGCAACUUUCUAAAUGGGGAGCCUCGUGAGUUUGCCCAGGAAGAUGAAUGCUUCUCGUGCCACCCAGAAUGCCAGCCCAUGGAGGGCACCACCACAUGCAAUGGCUCGGGCUCUGAUGCCUGUGCCCAGUGUGUCCACUUUCGAGACGGGCCUCACUGUGUGAGCAGCUGCCCCUACGGAGUCCUGGGCGCCAAGGGUCCCAUCUACAAGUAUGCAGAUGCUCAGAACGAGUGUCGGCCCUGCCACGAGAACUGCACUCAGGGGUGUAAAGGACCAGAGCUCCAGGACUGCCUGGGUCAAGCCUCAGGGAUCAUCAGCAAAACCCAUCUGGCAAUGGCUUUAACGGUGGUGAUUGGAUUAGCCGUGAUUUUCUUGAUCCUGGGCGGCACUUUCCUCUAUUGGCGAGGGCGCCGGAUUCAGAACAAGAGGGCUAUGAGACGCUACCUGGAACGGGGUGAGAGCAUAGAGCCUCUGGAUCCCAGUGAGAAAGCUAACAAAGUCUUGGCCAGAAUCUUCAAAGAGACAGAGUUGAGGAAGCUGAAAGUCCUUGGUUCAGGCGUCUUUGGAACUGUGCACAAAGGAGUGUGGAUCCCUGAGGGGGAAUCAAUCAAGAUUCCAGUGUGCAUUAAAGUCAUUGAAGAUAAGAGUGGACGGCAAAGUUUCCAAGCUGUGACUGAUCACAUGCUGGCCAUUGGCAGCCUCGACCAUGCCCACAUCGUUCGGCUGCUGGGGCUGUGCCCAGGGUCAUCUCUUCAGCUAGUCACUCAAUACUUGCCUCUGGGCUCUCUGCUGGAUCACGUGCGACAACAUGGGGCGGCCCUGGGGCCGCAGCUUCUACUUAACUGGGGUGUGCAGAUUGCCAAGGGAAUGUACUACCUCGAGGAGCACGGGAUGGUACACAGGAACCUGGCAGCCCGCAAUGUGCUCCUCAAGUCACCCAGCCAGGUUCAGGUGGCAGAUUUUGGGGUGGCUGACCUGCUACCCCCCGAUGAUAAGCAGCUGCUUCACAGUGAGGCCAAGACUCCAAUUAAGUGGAUGGCCCUCGAGAGUAUUCACUUUGGGAAAUACACACACCAGAGCGAUGUCUGGAGCUACGGUGUGACAGUGUGGGAGCUGAUGACUUUUGGGGCCGAGCCCUAUGCGGGACUGCGACUGGCUGAAGUACCAGAUCUGCUGGAGAAGGGCGAGAGGCUGGCACAGCCACAGAUCUGUACCAUUGAUGUUUACAUGGUUAUGGUCAAGUGUUGGAUGAUCGACGAGAACAUUCGCCCGACUUUUAAAGAACUAGCAAAUGAGUUCACCAGGAUGGCCCGAGACCCACCCCGGUAUCUGGUCAUAAAGAGGGAGAGUGGGCCUGGAAUUCCCCCUGGAGCAGAGCCUCCUGCUCUGACAAACAAGGAACUGGAGGAAGUAGAGCUGGAGCAGGAACUAGACCUCGACCUGGAUUUGGAGGCAGAGGAGGACAACCUGGUGACCACACUAGGUUCUGCCCUCAGCCUCCCAGUUGGAACGCUUAAUCGUCCCCGGGGGAAUCAGAGUCUUUUAAGUCCAUCAUCGGGGUAUAUGCCAAUGAACCAGAGUAAUCUAGGGGAUUCUUGCCAGGAGUCUGUAGGUUCUGGGGGUAGUGAACAGUGCCCCCGGCCAGCAUCUCUGCACCCUAUACCACGGGGUCGCCUGACAUCAGAGUCAUCGGAGGGCCACGUGACAGGCUCUGAGGCUGAGCUCCCGGAGAAAGUGUCAAUGUGUCGGAGUCGGAGCCGGAGUCCCAGGUCACGGGGAGACAGUGCCUACCAUUCCCAGCGCCACAGCCUGCUCACUCCUGUCACCCCACUGUCCCCACCGGGGUUAGAGGAAGAGGAUGUCAACGGUUAUGUCAUGCCAGAUGCACAUCUUAAAGGGACCCCAUCCUCCCGGGAAGGCACCCUUUCUUCAGUGGGUCUCAGUUCUGUCCUGGGAACUGAAGAGGAAGAUGAAGACGAGGAGUAUGAAUACAUGAACCGCAGGAGAAGGGGGAGCGCCCCUCAUCAAGAGCGACCGAGUUCCCUCGAAGAGCUGGGUUACGAGUACAUGGAUGUGGGAUCAGAACUUAGCGCUUCCCUUGGCAGCACCCAGAGCUGCCCACUCCACCCAGGGCCCAUCACGCCCACCGCCGGCACCACUCCAGACGAGGAUUAUGAAUACAUGAAUCGGCGGCGUGGUGGAGGGGCUCCUGGGGCAGAUUAUGCAGCCAUGGGCGGCUGCCCAGUGGAUGAGCAAGGGUAUGAAGAGAUGAGAGCUUUCCAGGGGCCUGGACAUCCUGCUCCUCAUGUCCACUACACCCGCCUCAAAACUCUACGGAGUCUAGAAGCUACCGACUCUGCCUUUGAUAACCCCGAUUACUGGCACAGCAGGCUUUUCCCAAAGGCAAAUGCCCAGAGAAUAUAACCUCUGCUCCCCGAGUGCCUCAGGGAGCUUCUGACGGCAGCUAGUGCCUCUCAAGGGCACCCCUCUUCUCUCUGAUCCCUCACCCUGACAGGCCAGGCCCCUGCCCCCAGUUCCUUUAACCUUUGCAGGCUCUUACACACUCUUUGACACGAAACACUGGCGGUCCGUAGACAGCCGUGCACUUUCUUCUCUUUCCAGACCCAGGAAAGAAGGGUUUCAUCCCCUGAUUUUGUGUGCUUCCACACUCCAUUCCUCAGGAGAAAUCCCUGGAGAUAUGAAGGAUUCCUCCCCAUUUCCUUUUCUCUCCGGCUCUGACUUGUUAAGACCAGUCUCAGUAGUGUGUCUUUCUUUCCCGUCCCACUCCCAAGGAAGAGGGAAGGGCAGAAACCUGGCAGAGGAAAGUAAAUUUGUGUUUCGUGACUCUCAAGCCUUCUAGAGAAAGUGGGGUUAAAGUCUUGUGUACUAGGGCUGGAAUGAUAGUACAGUGGGUAGGACACGGUUUUGUAUGUGGCCGGCCCGGGUUCAAUCCCCAGCACCACAACCCCUGGAUCCUGUCAGGAGUGAUCCCUUAGCACAGAGCCAGGAGUAAGCCCCAUGCACUGCGAGGUGUGGCCCAAAAACCAAACAAACAAAUUCAAAAGGAUGGAGUAAAGAGGUUAAGAGAAGAUACUGCUUACUAUUAUUAAUGGAGCAUUUAGUAGGCUAAACUUGACCAUUAUCUCACUCAAGCCUUACAGUUCCCUGGGCGAGGUACUAUCUCAUUUUACAAAUUAGAAAACUGAGCCUUAAAGAGAUUAAGUAAGUUAAAUGGCAGGUCAGAUCAGGAUUUAAAA